UUUAUUGUAUUGAUUUGACCAAAAUGCCACCAGAUCACACACCGCACUGGUUUUUCUAGAGGUUACCAUAAUGGUUCUAUGAUACAUACGAAUCUUUAUAAAAUAUGCUUUUUAAUUCGAUAUAUCGAGUUGAAUAUUCACUCAUAUUGUUUUUAAAUGUGAAACAAAAGGCAUUGGCGUUAAAGUGGGAUAAGCCUGAAAUAUUGGAAUUGCACAAUUACGAAGAAACUAAACAAUUAUAGAACCAUCACAUUAAGAAAUCUUGGCGAAAUUUGCACUAACCGGUUGCUUCAUUGAUAAAUACAUCCCAACAUCUUGACGGAAACAUCACAAUCAUAUCAUAUAUUUAUUUUUAUUUUUAUACAAAAAUGUUGUAUCUAAAAUAUUCAUUAGUUAUGCUGUCAACAAAAAAAAAACAAAAACAUAUUCAUUAGUUAUGAUGCAACAUCCUGUAAAUAGUGCCAUGGUUUAAACUUCAAAGUCAACGUACCAACCACACCCUUUGUAACCAUUGAGCAACCUCAAAUCGUAGUGUCUCUUAAUGCUCCUCUAAGUUUUUAUCAUCCAUAUCAUCUACUUUGAUCUUCACACCAAAUUUUCUUCCAAAAAAAAAAAAAAGAAAGGGAAAGAAAUAAGACAAAGGUUAUUGUUUUUCAUUGCAUGGACCGGAGAGCCAAACCGACGAAAGUUUGGUCCUCAUGAACCCCAAAGGUAAUAAUAAUCUCAACCGUUCAAUCAUCGGUGGUCAUGAUCAUGGCUCGAUCCUACAACUACUCCUCUUUCUGCUACUCCUCUCCAGCCACGGCGGAUUUCAGCUCGUCGCGGGUCAAGCCACUCACGGUGGUUCAGACGUUCCCGGAGAUAGCUCUCGGUUUGACCCAACCAUGGCAAUACUCAUGAUCGUCCUCGUCAGCGUCUUCUUCUUUCUCGGGUUUUUCUCGGUCUAUAUCCGAAGAUGUCUUGAGCGAGUCAUGGGGAUGGACUACGGAAACCCCAACGACGCCGGAAACUGGUUUGCCACAAACCUGCAACAGGCGCGUGGGCUCGACGCGUCGGUCAUCGAGACUUUUCCAACUUUCCGAUACGCAACCGUGAAGGCGCUUAGGAUCGGCAAAGAAGCGCUUGAGUGUCCUGUUUGCUUAAACGAGUUUGAAGACGAUGAAACGCUGCGUUUAAUACCUAAAUGCUGCCACGUGUUCCAUCCUGGUUGCAUUGACGCUUGGCUCCACUCUCACGCCACGUGUCCUCUAUGCCGCGCUGAUCUUGUACCCGUGCCGGGUGAACCCAUCGUCUCUAUUCAAAUACCCGGUUUAGUUAACGAUCCUCCCGGUUCUGAUCCGAGCGGUGAUCGGAUUAGAGUUUUAGGUUCUCCGGACGCACGAUUGAUUGACUCGGUGGCGUUGACUUGUAAUCAGAGCAUGCCACGUAGGUCUAUGUCUACCGGAUGGAAUUUAGCCGGAAUGUUCACGAAUUCUGAUCGGACCGGUCAACAUUCAGGGAAUCUAGACCGAUUCACGCUUAAAUUACCGCAAGACAUUCACAAUAAGCUAGUGAAUCCCAGCCUUUCAAAAGGCCACGUGUUGUUACCUCAUGUGAUGAGUUCAGCGAGAGGAUACAGAAGCGGAAGCUUAGGAAGUGAGCGAAACUACUUUUACUAUGAACGGUUCGACCAAGAUGGCCGGUUAGACCGUAGACCAUUCUCAAUAACUCCUCCAUACCGGACAGGUUCAAUCAAUAACACAUCACCAGGUGACAGUAGUGAUCAUGUGCGUGCUGGUUCACCCAAAAGUUUGCUUCUAGCGAUGAAAUCACCGUUCGAUCGAUUAUUUCUUGGAAAGAACAACAACGUCGGUGAGCGUUCGUCGGAUCACCUUCGUUCCGGCGAUGCUACACCGUCGAAUACUGUGUAAUUUGGUUAUCGAGAAAGUCAAUGUACAUAAUUUUAUUUUUACUUCUGCAUUCUUCAGUUUCAACUUUAAUGUCUCGGAACAAUCGAACAUACGAAUUAUGGUUUAAUAGGAACAUUUAUGAAAUUUUUGGGGCUAAA